AUGCGGGUGUUUCGAUCACGUGCUCGUUAUGUGGCGCUGGAAACAAAUUGCAAUUUGGAGUCUUCGAAACGUCCUUUACUUCCGCUUGUGGGCUGGAAAACUCAUCGUGUUAGCGUCAUGGCGACUCAGGAGAUCGUAUGGAACAAUGAAAAGAAGGUGACUUCUGCAGCUAUAGAGGUAGAAGAAUUGGCAAAAGAUGAUUGCUUUUAUACACAGCCGACACGACUUUCGGCUUUGCAGGUAGCAAGGUUCUCAAUCGAGUUUGAGGAUCCACAGCAUCCUUUUACUGCCGUAUCAAGCACCGGUCGACGUCGGUCAAGUGGUAACAACAUCAACACUGUAAGGUCAAGCUGA